AUGGCGGACUCAGAGAUGGCCCCCAAGUUCGCGCCCUUCGUGGGCAUGGCCGGUAUCGCCGCAGCCAUGACUUUUGGCACCAUCGGCGCCGCCUACGGCACAGCAAAGUCCGGAAUCGGUAUCGUCGGUGUCGGUACAUUUAGACCAGACCUCAUCAUGAAGUGUCUCGUCCCCGUCGUCAUGGCCGGUAUCAUCGCAGUCUACGCCCUCGUCAUCGCCGUCCUCAUCGCCCAAGAUCUCAACCCCCCAUCCCAAGCAAACUACAGUCUCUUCAACGGUUUCAUGCACCUCGCCGCGGGCCUUUCCGUCGGUUUAACAGGUCUCGCGGCUGGUUACACCAUCGGCAAGGUUGGUGACAAGGGUGUCCGGGCUUAUAUGGAAGAGGGUAGGGUCUUUGUCGGGAUGGUUCUCAUUCUCAUUUUCGGCGAAGUCUUGGGUCUAUACGGGCUCAUCGUCGCUCUUAUCCUCAACACGAAGAGCAAGGGUUGA